AUGGAUAGUUCACAGUCGCAGUGCUGUUUUAAUGAUUCGUUAAAAGAUAUUAAUCUUAGAAUAUCUCAUUCGCAUAGUAAAAAAGUAAUUAAACAUGCUUUACGACAACAAGCCAAACGGAGACGUAAAAACACAACAAUUGCAGCUGGUACAUCAGCUCCUAUGCCUAGUUUUCCUAGGGUCAUUGUCAAAGCUGUUCCCAUUCUUUCUACAAAUAAACAUGUGUCAUUUUCUAAAAGGCCACUUACAAUGCGAGAAGUACUGGCAUCUAUUCCAGGUUUCAGCAUUAAACAAAGGAAAAGAACCUAUAAAAAAAUGUCAACUGCUGCUCAACUUGAGCAAACCAAAGAAGGAUGCAUUGAUUUAGAAACUCCAGACUCAAUAUUAUCUAAUACAGAUCUUCGUGCUUUGCUCAACAAGCAUACUUUUUCAAUACUUCCUCCCCUUUACCAGUACAAAUUGGUACAACUAUUACCUGAAGUAGAUAGACCUAAUAUUGUUGCUCAGCCUGAUUCAUCACUUAGACUGAAUAACUCUGCUCUGAAUAAUGAAUUUUUUGCCAGAGCUUGCCAAAAAUGGAGGGAAAGACUCUCUGAGGGUGAAUUUACACCUGAAAAUCAGCAAAAACUUAAAACUGAAAGUGAAAGAGAAAAAAGCAAAAUUGACCCUUGGAAAUUGAAACAUUUCGAGCCUAUAUGGGGGUUUAAAGAAUAUAAAGAUAUAUCUAUUCCAAAAAUUGUACCUAAUAUUGUGAAUACUUCCAGACCUCCAAUUAAAACUACAAUCAAAUUGAGGUCGAAUAAUUCCAAAAAACCUCAAACUAUUCGAACUGUUGGUGCUAUAACUAGGGCUAUCACAAGAGAAAAUGCUGAUAGCUCUAAACGUCCCAACAAUGUUGAAAUCAUCCCUUCAAGCAAAAAAAUCAAAUCUCAGGAAGUAAAUACUAAUGUAAAUUCUUCAGGCUGUGAACCAGACGAGGAAUUAAAAACUAAUGAUAUUGUUCUGGAAAAAGAGACUGAUCAAAAACUCGUAAUCGAAAGUGCCGUGGUUAAAACUGAACCUGAAAAUAAUAUAGAAGGCGCGUCAGAGCCAAAAGAAACAGAAAUUGAAAAGGUAGAAAAAAGUGAAAAAGUUGAAAGUGUGAAAUGUGAAGAUCAGAAGGAUAAUCUGUUCUUAGAGAAUGAAGAAAAUGAAAUUGAUCCAUUGGACACUACGAGUAAAGAAGACUGUACUGAUAUUAAUUAUCAAGAUAUAAAUACCGCAGAAUCAUCAAUUAAAUCUUCUUCCUCAGCAUCUCCAGACAACAAUGCUUUACCUUCCCCUCAACCAGAAGCAUUUAUUCCAUCUCCCAGUAAUGUUAAUUUAGAAAUACCUUGUGAAAUGGAAGAUAUAAAAUCUGACGAGGAGAGUCAAAUAGAAAAUAAUGAUUUAAUUGAAAAUGAUGAUCAAAAAUGUGAGGAAAAUGAUUUGGGUAAGGCUGAAGAUUGUAACGAUUUAAAUGAAACGUUAGUCGAUGAGUCUGAAAUUAUCAAAACAAAAAGUUACGAAUUGACAGACGGUGUUGUUGAGGAUAAUAUAAAAAGUGAAAUCGAAGAGUUUAACAUUUUGAAAGAACGUGAAAAUGCCAUGAUCGAUGCGGAAAAUUAUAUAUUAGAAGAAAAUUCAAGAGCUAAAGUCCUUCAGGUUAUGGAAACACUUUGCGAAGAGGUGAAGGACUCCGACAAUGAAGUUCAAGCAGCUUUGUUCGCAGUUGCAGUAUCUGAAGCAUCAAAUUGUUGGGAUGUUGAUUCUACCGAAAAACUUUUAUCGGAAACGGAAACCGUAUCAGAACGAUUGGAUGAAAAUUCAUUUCCGGAUGAUUCUUUAAGGUUGGAUUGGAAUUACGAUUCCAAAGUUAAUUCACCUGGAGUUCUGACGACCUCUGUUCCAGGAGAAAUAAAUACGGUUCCGCAAUUACAAGAAUUUACCAAUAAAUUAGACUUAGUAUCUUUGCCACCUGAAUCCGUCACCAAUGCAGAAAGUUUAGUUACAAGUACCGUCGGAGUAGCUCAAGCAACGGGAUUCGGAGAACCACCUAUUAUAUCUUCGACUACUAUUGCCUCUGCCGCUCCUCCUGCUUCCAUUGUAUGCUUGCCUUCCAUGGUAUCCCCUACCGCUUUAGUCGCUUCUAUUUCCCCAUUUUCAACCAUCACAAACACAAACACAACUAAAAUUGUGACUAAUACGGUACCGUAUUUAUCAAUGAAUUGUAAUUCCCAAGUUAGACCGGUGAAAACCAGUGGAAAAGAAAAAGGAAAUCGUAACUCAAGAGCUGCAUCAAACAAACCACCACCGGGUGCUGUAAAUUUAGAAAGGAGUUAUCAAAUUUGUCAAGCUGUGAUUCAAAAUAGUCCCAAUCGCGAACAAUUAAAAGCCCAACUUAAACCCCCUCCUUCCAUGUUAGCCUCUAGUGUUCCCGCUGUCAAAAGAUCAGACGGAAAUAAAAAACCCGAAUCCAGAGGAGCGCCUACUCAAUACGGUGUUGUUACUUCGUCCAGAAAUGGAGUUCCCAAAACUUUCACUCCACCUUUACCUGCUCAAAGCGGACCUUUACCUAAAACGGGAAUACCGGUUAAGGUAAAUACAUUAAGAUCAGCUAUAAGACAGCCUUCGUCUUCUGUCAUGGUUCGCCAUGUUUUUACAUCUUCCCAAGGGAUCCCCGUUACGAUGGCCGUUCUUCCUCAUUCUCAAAAUAAUGCGUUUUCUGAGGGGGUCGAACAGCAUUCUUCUCACGUUGGGCAAUAUAUUUUAGUUCAAAGAACUGGAGUCGGAGACGCUCAGCAAGUUUUUAGCGGUUUUAAAGGUACCCCUCCUAGAGCUUCAAGUGCUCCGCCAUCAAACAUAAAUCAAGUUCACGGCCACGUUGUCGGUUCCCGGGACAGGCCGGCAAGCGUCGACGGUCAACGUUCCGGAUCGCUAUUAGUUCAGUGUCCGAAUCCCGGGAUUCAAGCGGUGACUCGGAGGCCUCCUCGUCUCACCGGAGGUUUGGUAUGUAACGAAGUGUCUUCUGAGUUAGAUCAACCGCCGACAUCAGGGUCGUAUCCGGCUCACAAUAAAGAACCGAUGCUCAGCGCAGAUUCUUGUUCUUGUAAUCUUAAAGCCAUGAUAGUUUGUAAGAAAUGUGGAGCUUUUUGCCAUGAUGAUUGUAUAGGACCUUCUAAAUUGUGCGUCACAUGUCUCAUACGUUAA